CGCCAAAGUGUGAAGUCUCGUGGCUCAGAGCCCAAGCGUAGAAAAAAUUUAAAAAGUUCUCCUGCAUCCGAGCAAAAAAUUUAAAAUAUCGGUGCGAAAAUGCUAUAGAUCAAAAGCAAGGAGGAAAAUCAAAGGAAAAAAACCAAUUGGAAAUAAUCAAAAUGAAUCGUCUGCUGCUGCAGUGUCUGGUGGCCACCAUUCUGGUGUACAAAGUGAUUUCUGUGCCCACCAGCACAACUGGUACUAGUGUCCAGACCACCACAGAGAUCCCCCAACAGGACGACGACGACGACGAUUGGGAUGAGGACGAUGACUCCCUGGAAUCCGACGAUGACGGUCGCGUCUACAAGAACCCUCGCAACUCACCCUCCACCGAGUGUCCCAGGGAUGAGGAGCAGGCUACGCUCUUGGGGCAGAAGUGCUUGAGAAAAUGCUCCUCGGACGAGGACUGCAAGAGCAAGAAGAAGAAGUGCUUGUGCGACGGCGUCUGCGGCAACUCCUGCAUCAAGCCGGACCGAGAGUGCCCGGAACUGGCUCAACCUACUCUGGGCCAGGUCACCGUGGCCGGUCGCCACUUUGGUGCCCGUGCCUCCUAUGCCUGUCCCCACGGCUAUCAUGUGGUGGGACUGCAGAGCCGUCUGUGCCAAGCCGACGGCAACUGGGCGGGCGCCGAGCCAGCCUGCAAGCAGAACAUCUACUGCCUGAAGCCACCACAGAUCGAGCAUGCACGGAACUCGGCCCUGCCCGAGCAGGAGACAUUCGACCUGGACUCGACGGUGCAGUACCAUUGCCAUACGGGCUAUGUGACCAAUGGAUUUCCUAGGGCCAAGUGUCUGGCCAUCGAUAACCAGGCCAGCUGGUAUGGACCCGAUAUACAAUGUGAACCCCGUUCCUGUGGCCAGCCACCGGAUCCGGCCUAUGGCUGGCAUGCCGGCGAGUGCUAUACGUACGGUUGCAAGAUCACCUACAAUUGUGGCACCGGCUACGAGCUGGUGGGCAAGCACGAGCGCUACUGCCAGUCGGAUGGCUCGUGGACGCCCAAGGAGCUGCCAACGUGUGUCUUGGUGACCUCUGUGGUCUGCCCCACGCCGGAGAAUCCCAAGAACGGCAAGGCCACCUACACCACCCUGGCCUACAAUUCGGUUGUGAGCUACGAGUGCCGCUACGGUUACACCCUGGUCGGCGAGAGCUCCAGUCGCUGCGGUGCCGAUCGCAAAUGGAGCGGAACCCUGCCCACCUGCAAGGAGAUCAAUUGCGGACAUCCUGGUGUCCUGUACAACGGCUGGAUCGAGAACAUUGAGGCGGGCACUGGCCUCGGCGCCAGCAUCAUCUUCCGCUGCCAGCCCGAGAUGAUGAUCAACGGCUUGGGGUCGAGUGUCUGCCAGAUCGAUGGGCGCUGGCGCAAUGCCUUGCCCGAGUGUCUGGCUCCCUGCGUGGUUCCCACCAUAUCCCAGGGCUAUGUCAUUCCCAUCGAAAUAACCACAGACGAGAACGGAACGACAAUUGUCACGCCCACAACGACCACAACCCAGUCGCCCACCCAAACCCUGGGCGGAGUUGAGAAGGUCAAGCACGGCACUGCGCUGGAGGUGAAGUGCGAUGAGAACUACGAGUUUCCCGUCUCAUUGUUGAGUCCGCCGACCUGCAACAACGGCACCUGGAGCAUAAUACCACGCUGCAUUCCGGCCCGCUGCAAGAGCAUGCCGCGUCCUCCCAAGCAUGGCAUGGUGAUGGCCCCCAAGACGGAGCACGGCAUGAAGGCGCGCUUCAAGUGCAAGGAUGGGUUCAAGCUAGUCAGCCCAGAGGGCAAGGAUGUCACCGAUCCGCAUGAUUACGUGCUCACCUGUUCAUUUGGCAAUUGGACGGGGGAGACGCCAAAGUGCGAUGAGGUCUUCUGCUCGUUUCCGGGCUACAUACCCAACGGAAAGGUUCUGCUGGUGGGCAACAUGGGGCUCUACGACUACCGGCCGUAUGUCAAGAAGAUUGUCAACAACAAACAGAUCAUGUAUGACUGUGACAAGGGAUAUGUCCUGGAGGUUGGUCCGCCGGGUGCCACUUGCGUGGGUGGUAAAUGGCGUCCCCUGGAUCUGCCGCAGUGUCUACUGGGCCAGCAUCCUCGACUCCGUUGGAAUCGCCGUCGACGUCGCUCCCUGCAGCUGCGUCAAUUGAGAUCCGUAUAUCUGCUGCAAAGACAGCGACAACUGCAACGCGAACUGGCGGAACACCAAAACCAUUUGGAGGGAGCUGGGACCUCAUCGCACCGGGUAAAGCGCAGCCCCAAUCCCACGGACCUGGAUCUGGCCUAUUCCAAAUACUAUCAGACCAUCAAGGAGCGCUAUCAGCGUUAUGUGCGGAAAAUGCUGGGCCACAACAGGAUUUAUCAGAAGCUGCACGCCCACGAUGGACUCUGGUACGAUCACAACAGUGCCAACAGUCCGAACAAUCCCGAGAUGGUCAUGAUGCGAGGCAAGACCACGCACAAGUGGCACAGCCCUAACGAGGCCAAUGACUUUGAGGAUAGAAACGAUUAUCGAGCUGGCGGAGUAGUGCCUCUGCCCAACAUCAAUCAGAGCUCGCGAACCCACACCCACAACCAGUCCAUAAACCAUAGCUCCAAUGAGGCGCCACUAGCCAACGGGUCACCGCCUCGAGCGACAUCAAGGAAGUAUCACCCGAACACGACACUCUCCUUCAUCGAACAGCUAAAGUCCCAGAUCGUGGGACGGCGUCGAAAGCGGAGUACGAGCAUUGGCUCAGGCUCCCCUCCACCGUCCGCCACGCUGCCCGAUGCCGAUGUGGACACCAGUGACGGGGGCGAGGCUGGUAAAGGUGCUGGGGGUAAGCGUAUUCGCGGACCCUGCGAGGAUCUCGACUGGGAUUCGUUUGCCAACAUUACCACGGUGCGACCGGGCAAGGUGCCGGGACGAAAUUCCGUGGGCAUCAUGCUCCAGCUGGAGUGCAAUGCGGGAUUCAAGCUGAACAUUAAGGGGGAGAAUGCCACGGCCCGCUGCAUACGCGGAAUCUGGAAGCCCGAGACCCCGCGAUGUAUGUCGGCUCCUUGCCUGGUGCCAGCCGUGGAGCAUGGCCAGUACUACAAGGUGGAGCCGCACACGAAGCAGCUGAGUGAUAAACCAUCUCUGACGCCGCUGUCCACCUACGAGGAGAUCCAGUCCAAUGAGUUCGUGACCCUGGAGUGCGAAGAUGGCUUCAACAUACAGGGCUUGGCUCAGCUGCGUUGUGCUCAUGGUUCCUGGUCGGUGGCCGCUUUCUCCGAGUGCACCUCCGUGCCUUGUACACUGCCCAACAUUCCGGGUGUCAUCUAUGAUGGCGGUUACCGGGCAGGUCUAACCAUCGGCCAUGGGAGCACAGUCAACGUGAGGUGUGAGCUCUCCACCAAUGCCAAUCCCAUUGAGAUGUCAUGCCACAAGGGCGUCCUCACGCCACCCAGUAUACCCUGCGAGUCGGGGAUGCGUAGGUCCCGCGAGGAGCUCGAACAUGCCACACCAACGCCGCAUCCCAAGAUGGAGCACAAUGAGCUGGACAACGAUCACGACCAUCAUGACAACAACACGGAAGAGCAUGACCAUGAUGACUUGAAGAUGUGUGGCCCGCCUAUGCUAACCGACGGCGCCCUGGUUUACAAAAAUACUGAUCCUCAUGUUGAUAUUGAUGGAAUGUACGAGAGCGGCACAGAGAUCUUCUUUAAUUGCAUACCAAAUGCGGCUGGGGAUCGGCAGACAUGGCGCAUUAUCUGCGACAACGGCCUGUGGAUAGGACGAUCCUACAAUUGCGAGAACGGCACGUGCGUGUUCAAGAACAACGAAGCGAAUGUGGUUAGCUUUUACAAUGAUCUUGAGAUCCGUGAAGAUGUUGUAGACUUUCCCCCAGGAGCUACUAUAAUCUCCAGGUGUGUCGAUAUUGGCAAGUUUUCCAUGACUGGGAGCCACGAGCGCACUUGCAUUCAUUCGGAAUGGACAAACACAAAGCCCCUGUGCUCAGGCCUGAAUCAGGAGAACGACUAUGCGAUGGAAAAGGCACCCACUAUCCUGUUUCGCCACCAGAACGGACCCAUUGCCCAGAGCAACGAUGGCAAACUGAUUGUCUACCCGGGCACCACGCUGCACAUGGAAUGCCUGUGGAUGCGGCGCUUCGGCAAUCCCAAAUGGAAUGUCAGUCACGUGCACAAGAACUACACGGAGGGCUGGGUGACCGAGGCAGAUGCGGGCCGGGACUCAUCGCUGGAGUAUCGGCUGAGCAUUUUCGAUGCCAGCCACGACGACACAGGAUUCUACUCGUGCAUGACCCCGGCGAGGCACGAGCACGCCGUCGAGGUGGUGGUCAAGGCAAUCAACUGCCCGGAGAUACCGAUACGAAGGGGCCUGAUCGUGAACACGAACGACACGAAGCUGAGCACACGCGUGCUGUUGUCCUGUGCCAAUGGCAACUCGUUGAUUGGCGCAUCGGAGCUGUUUUGCUUGCCGAGUGGCAAUUGGAGCGCACCGUUGCCGGUUUGCGAGAGCGUCGAGUGCGGAGAUAUACCGCUGCCGAACAAUGUGAGCUCGCCGCGCGUCUCCGUGCUGUCGCGGGAGGUGGGCGGGCGCGCGGCGUUCUCGUGCUCGUCGGGUUACGGCUUGCGCGGCCCUUCGGAGGCCAUCUGUAACCCGACGGGCGAAUGGUCGGCCCCAUUCCCCACAUGUGUUGAGGUGCAGUGCGAUAAUCCCGGUGCGCCGCAAAACGGUUACGCCCAGGGCUCGGCACCUUACCGUGCCGGCGAUGUGGUCCAGUUCAAUUGCAACCCGGAGUACAUGAUGCAAGGUCAGCCAAUAAUUGCCUGUCAGGAUAACGGCCGCUGGUCGGGCGGUCUGCCGAAGUGCGUACAGGCCUGUUCGUAUCCAGGCACCGUCAUCAGCGGCCGCAUGUCCUCGGUCAAGUUCUACUACGCCAUCGGCGAGAGCAUCACCUUCACCUGUGACGCUGGCCUCGAGCUGCGCGGCUCCAAGGUCCUCAAGUGCAUGAAGAACGGCAAGUGGUCCAGCGCCAUACCCACGUGCGUCACCAACGAGGCACCUCCGCCCGGCACUGUCGGCUCCAACAAGCAUGUGUCCAACACCAUGGGUUGAGAGGAGGAUACCACAACGAAGCAGCAGCUAGCAGCUGAGCGAGCGGCCGUUUAGUAAGUUAAUGAGUUAAAUCAAAGUGAUACUAAUACAUAUGUACUAACUAAUGCACAUUCAAGGCUCACAGUCUCACGCGUAAACUAACUUACUAAUACACUGACAUUCUUGCGAUUCGAAAUUUAAUUGUAAUUGUCUAACGGCCCAUCAUUUUACUAUUAAUAAAUGUUCGUCGAAUAAACAGUUCUUGGGCUGGGGCCUGGGAUUCCUGCGAGUAGUAA